AGGCCAUGCCAUGCCAUGCCAUCGAGAAAGAAAGAAGGGCGGUGGAGGACGAGGAGGACGAGCUGGAGCGGUGGGAAAAGCAACGGAGACGCGGAUACAGGGCCCCCCACGGUUAUGAAGCCCCCUACCCCUUCCACCCGGUUGGGGAAUGAAUUAGGGUUUAGCGCCCCUCUUCUCUCCGUCCACCUCCUCUUACGGUGCCUACCUCACUGCUCCGACCCCUCUCGUGUCCACUCUCUUUCUCUCUAUUUUUGCUCUUUUCUCUCCCUCCCUUUCCUCGGAGAUCAGGCUACCGCCGCUUCUCCUCCUCCUCCUCUGUUCCUCGCCCUUUUCCCUCUCCCGGCGCUCCUCGACACCAUGGUGCUCUCCAACGAUAUCGACUUGUUGCACCCUCCAGCGGAAUUGGAGAAGACCAAGCAUAAGCUGAAGAGGCUUGUGCAGUCUCCCAAUUCUUUUUUCAUGGACGUCAAGUGUCAGGGAUGCUUCAGCAUUACGACCGUCUUUAGCCACUCCCAGACUGUUGUCUUGUGCGGUAGCUGCUCUACGGUUCUCUGCCAGCCCACUGGUGGGAGGGCUCGCCUAACCGAAGGCUGCUCCUUCAGGAAGAAAGGAGAGUAAAAUUCUAGAUAUGAAGGUAGAGUUUAGGGGUAUCAAUUAACAGAUUUUGCUAGACUCUGGGCAAUUAGAGAGGUUGUCCGAGCUACUGAAGGCAAGUGUUCAAUGACAAGUUAUUUUGGAUCCCAUACCAGACUAUUCACGUGUGCUUCAGUGUACUCCAACCACCAUCCGUGCUCCUGGUGAAACUAGGUCACUCGAUGCAGACUGAAGGUAAACCCUGCAUGUCCAUUCGAUCAUGUAUUAAAUUUGAGUGGGUUGAGUUGCUCUGUGUCGCGUCAGACAUUUCACUGAAA